AUGUGCCAGGUGCUGGGAUCAGAGGGACCUGAAGAGUGCGAGCCCUUCCCCGAGCCGCGAUGCUGGAAGCCCUCCCAGCCUCCCAAUGGCAGCUGGGUCACAAGUCCGAAUGGGAGUACCACAGAGGCCGGCCUGCCUGCAAACCUCACCUUCUCCUCUUACUACCAGCACUCCUCGCCAGUGGCAGCCAUGUUCAUCGUGGCCUACGUGCUCAUCUUCCUCCUGUGCAUGGUGGGCAAUGCCCUGGUCUGCUUCACCGUGCUCAGGAACCGGCACAUGCGCACCGUCACCAACAUGUUCAUCCUCAACCUGGCUGUCAGCGACCUGCUGGUGGGCAUCUUCUGCAUGCCCACCACCCUCGUGGACAACCUCAUUACAGGGUGGCCCUUCGACAAUGCCACGUGCAAGAUGAGCGGCUUGGUGCAGGGCAUGUCCGUGUCAGCUUCCGUUUUCACGCUCGUGGCCAUCGCUGUGGAAAGGUUCCGCUGCAUCGUGCAUCCUUUUCGCGAGAAGCUGACCCUGCGGAAGGCGCUGGUCACCAUCGCGGUCAUCUGGGCGCUGGCGCUGCUCAUCAUGUGCCCGUCGGCUGUGACCCUGACCGUGACGCGCGAGGAGCAUCACUUCAUGGUAGACGCCAGCAACCGCUCCUACCCGCUCUACUCGUGCUGGGAGGCCUGGCCCGAGAAGGGCAUGCGCAAAGUCUACACCGCCGUGCUCUUCUCCCACAUCUACCUGGCGCCGCUGGCGCUCAUCGUGGUCAUGUACGCGCGCAUUGCCCGCAAGCUGUGCCAGGCGGCCGGCCCGGCACAUCCGGGCCGGGAGGCGGUGGCCGAGGGCGGGCGCGCGGCGCGGCGCAGGGCGCGCGUGGUGCACAUGCUGGUCAUGGUGGCGCUCUUCUUCACGCUGUCUUGGCUGCCGCUCUGGGCGCUGCUGCUGCUUAUCGACUACGGGCAGCUCAGCGAGCCGCAGCUGCACCUGGUCUCCGUCUACGCCUUCCCCUUCGCCCACUGGCUGGCCUUCUUCAACAGCAGCGCCAACCCCAUCAUCUACGGCUACUUCAACGAGAACUUCCGCCGCGGCUUCCAGGCCGCCUUCCGCGCCCGCCUCUGCCCGCCGCAGUGGGGCGGCCCUAAGGAGGCCUACUCGGAGCGGCCCGGCGGGCUCCUGCGCAGGCGGAUCUUCGCGGAGGUGCAGCCCAGCGACUCCGGGCUGCCCUCUGAGUCCGGAGCCAGCAGCGGGGCCGCGAGGCCUGGCCGCCUGCCACUGCGCCAUGGGCGGGUGGCCCACCAGGACCUGCCCGGGGAGGGGCCCUGCUGCUCCCACCUGCCCCUCACCAUACCCGCCUGGGAUACCUGA